CCCUAUUCUCUCUCCUAGGGUUUCCUUCUCUCUCUCUCUCUCUCUACCCCUCUGUCUCUAUAUAUAUAUAUUCUCUUAAAAUUUGGAUGAAGAGGGGCUAAAAAAACUUGGCCUUAUUGGGGAGAAUUGGGUGAGGAGGAGGAGGAGAAGAUCAGGGUUUUUGGGUUUUUUAAUCGAGAGAUGUGGGAUGGUGGAGGCGUUGAUGAAUCAGCUCACGCUUUGUUGGAAGCCAUUUGAGGGUAAUUCCCGCGGCGCUGAUGGUUUCGUCAGAGACGGGUUGCUCCGUUAUCGGGACAUUGGGAGGUGCUCGAGCGGGGAGUUGUCGAUGGCGGUGCUACAGGCGAACCAGGUGCUCGAGGACCAGAGCCAAAUCGAGUCCGGACCCUUCGGGACGUUCGUCGGCGUCUACGACGGUCACGGAGGCCCCGAGGCGGCUCGAUAUGUUUGGGAUCACUUGUUCCGCCACUUCCAAGCUAUAGCAGUGGAAGAUGACGGUGUUGUAACAGCUGACACACUUAGAAGAGCUUUUCUCGAAACAGAACAAGGGUUCACAGCUCAUGUUUCAAGGUUAUGGAAUGCUCGACCCAACGUAGCAUCAGUUGGUUCAUGCUGUCUUGUUGGAGUAAUAUAUCAGCAGACUCUUUUUGUGGCAAAUCUUGGAGAUUCCCGUGUUGUAUUGGGGAAGAAAGUUGGGAACACAGGAGUAAUUGCUGCCAUACAAUUAUCAACAGAACACAAUGCCAACAUUGAGGCUGUCAGGCACGAGCUGAAAGAAUUACACCCCAAUGAUCCUCAAAUUGUUGUCCUCAAGCAUGGAGUUUGGAGAGUAAAAGGCAUUAUUCAGCCUGUCGAGCUCGGAAGCAUUUUAAACAAGUAAAAAUGGACAGAAUAAUCUGCUAUUGUGCAACAUAAUUUUCUCUCCGUGUCACUAAAGAUGGUGUUUUCAUAUGGAAAUGAAGACAUACGGUUUUGCAGCCAACCAUUUAGGUGAGAGCUCCCAAGUAGGUAUUGUAUGUGUAGUUAUGAUGAAAUAACCAUGGCUCCAAUCCAUCUAUUACCUUGUUGUAAAAGAGUAGUGGAAGUUGGUCCUUUUCAAGGUUACUAGUAAAAAAUUGAACUUGGUGGUUGCAUUCUUUGAUGGAUGGAAAUUACAGAUGUUGAAUGUUGCCACGAGCACAUUGCCAAAUGGCUUGAUAUGGUGUAACUAAAGGAUUGUAGUAGAAAAACUAUACAAUGCCAACCAAUGUAUGUUUAGAUUGGAGAUUUUUUUUUUAGAUAUCAUUAUUCCAGUGGGCUAGAAGUUUGGACAUGUUUAGAGUUUUUUUUUUUUUUUUUCCCCUCUCAUCUUGGUCAAUGUAAAGCCCUUAACCUAUAUGAAUUUCAUGUAUGUCAUGUUUUUGACUUCUUUCUUGUUAUCAA